AUGUCAGCUGUGGUCCUGGAGAACCCAGUGUUGACCAGAAAACUCUCAGACUUUGGGCAGGAAACAAGUUAUAUUGAAGACAACUCCAACCAAAAUGGGGCUGUGUCACUGCUAUUCUCACUCAAAGAAGAAGUUGGUGCCCUAGCCAAGGUCUUGCGUUUAUUUGAGGAGAAUGACAUCAACCUGACUCACAUUGAAUCCAGACCUUCUCGUGUAAACAAAGAUGAGUAUGAGUUUUUCACUCAUCUGGACAAACGUAGCAAGCCUGCUUUGGGCAGCAUCAUCAAGAGCUUGAGAUACGACAUUGGCGCCACUGUCCAUGAGCUUUCUCGAGACAAGGAGAAGAACACAGGCGGCAGAACCUUAAGGGGCAGUACUCCUUCAUUUCUUGCUCAAGGAAACCUCACCCCACCCCAAAUGCUAACCCCGGUAUCCAACGUGCCCUGGUUCCCAAGGACCAUUCAAGAGCUGGACAGAUUUGCCAAUCAGAUUCUCAGUUAUGGAGCAGAACUGGAUGCAGACCACCCGGGCUUUAAAGAUCCUGUGUACCGGGCGAGGCGAAAGCAGUUUGCUGACAUUGCCUACAACUACCGCCAUGGGCAGCCCAUCCCUCGGGUGGAAUACACAGAAGAAGAGAAGAAGACCUGGGGAACAGUGUUCAAGACACUGAAGGCCUUGUAUAAAACGCAUGCCUGCUAUGAACACAACCACAUUUUCCCACUUCUGGAAAAGUACUGCGGGUUCCGUGAAGACAACAUUCCCCAGCUGGAAGAUGUUUCUCAGUUUCUGCAGACUUGUACUGGUUUCCGCCUCCGACCUGUUGCUGGCUUACUGUCCUCUCGAGAUUUCUUGGGUGGCCUGGCCUUCCGAGUCUUCCACUGCACACAAUACAUCAGGCAUGGGUCUAAGCCCAUGUACACACCUGAACCAGACAUUUGUCAUGAACUGUUGGGACAUGUGCCCUUGUUUUCAGAUCGCAGCUUUGCCCAGUUUUCCCAGGAAAUCGGACUUGCUUCUCUGGGUGCACCUGACGAAUACAUCGAGAAAUUGGCCACAAUUUACUGGUUUACUGUGGAGUUUGGGCUCUGCAAGGAAGGAGAUUCCAUCAAGGCAUAUGGUGCUGGGCUUCUGUCAUCCUUUGGUGAAUUACAGUACUGUUUAUCAGACAAGCCGAAGCUCCUGCCCCUGGACCUAGAGAAGACAGCCUCACAGGAGUACAAUGUCACAGAGUUCCAGCCCCUGUACUACGUGGCAGAGAGUUUCAAUGAUGCCAAGGAGAAAGUGAGGGCCUUUGCUGCCACAAUCCCCCGGCCCUUCUCGGUUCGCUAUGAUCCCUACACUCAAAGGGUUGAGGUCCUGGACAACACUCAGCAGUUGAAGAUUUUGGCUGACUCCAUCAACAGUGAGGUUGGAAUCCUUUGCAGUGCCCUGCAUAAAAUAAAGUCAUGAACAGAAAAUGACAUCAUGUGUAGAACUUGAGCAGCCAACCAAAAAUCUGUUAAUAGAAAGAUAGUAACUGCUUCAUUUCAUCUGAAGAGAAAAAUCUUUAAUUUGAUAUAUCACCUUUCAUUACUUGUGCUAACACAGUGAAGCAUCACCAAAUAAAUCAAAAUUCUCUUAAAUGAAAGUAUAUUAAACCCUCUCGGGGUAGCUCUUACAGAGUCAUCUUUGAUUUAGACAUCUCAUACCUUCAAUUUAGAUUAAAAUGUAAUUUCUCACCUCUCAUCAAUAUUCAUUAAAUUUGUGACCCUUAUCAUUCAGGAUUCAUUUAUUUGUUUUUGCCUCCCAGGUAAGCCCUAAAGGAAUAUAUUAUAUGGCUAAGUGUGAAACAUAGGACUGUACUCAUGAAUGAAUUAUUCAGUUCAGUUCAAAUCUCAAACUAUGAAGCUUACCUUCUACAGUCAUCCACUAUGACUCUGAGAACUGCUUCAUUGUACUGCCUAUGUAAAUCUCCUCUGAUUUGAGACUCUAUCGAGAUAGUA